GUUAAGAGGAUGGAGGCAGCCGUAUUCUGGGGAGGCUGAGCAGGAGCUGGGACCGAAGUUGGCAAUGCCUCACUCGCGGGGUAUCGCGCGUUUAGACGGCAGCCAAUUGACCAGGGGUUGUCGCAUAAUUCUUACACUAUUGGUCAACAUUCCGUUCCCAAACACUUGGCUGCAUCUAAGGUGGUGAGCCGUCCUCCUUCAGGAUGGGGGCGGAAACAGUGGGAUUGACUGGCUCAGCCGGAUCGAUAAAAGGCUGGCUACGAACGAGCGCACCUUCAGUUCUGUCCUUUCCAACCUUGCGCAUCCAUCCACGGCAACCACUGUUGCCCAAAUCGACCCACGAUAGCCCGGUACCGGGUGCACGGAAGGAACAAUGACCGGGGAGAGCGAAGGGCGCUCCGAUGUGCCGCCAGUCGAUACACCGGUCGGCUCAGAGGUCAAACAGCCUUCAGAAAAGAAUGACGCGGAUUCCGCUGCACUCUCCGACGACGGUAACUCUACUGGAGGAACGGAGAACGGGGAUGGAGGUAGCGACUCAAGUGAGUUGCUCUCCCCGCGCCUCCCGCCUCCACCCCCUCCGCCCCCUCCGCCGAAACAAGAUGGCCCGCCAAGACGUCGCGGAGAGACAUACGCGAAAUAUCUGAAACGGACAUGGUUGUGCGAGGUCGAGAAGGCUUCAAUGCAGGAAUGGAGGAAAAAGAGCUGGCAUAACGUCAGAUGGCCUAUGCCCAUUAUCCAGGCCUUCUACCUUCAAAAGCCGGGGACUCAAGCAACUGCUCCGAGCGAUGAGACCUCAAACCCAGAUGCAGAGAAGGAAGAGGCGCCGACGCCGGAUGACUCCGGUGACCUCAAGAAUCUGCAGAGAAUUCAAAUCAAUUCAGAUUAUCUCCAUCAUGAGCUACUCUCGAUAGCUUCUGUCUCGACAUUGUGGGAUCCACUCAUCGUCCCACCACCUUACAAGCUUUUUUUGCGAUUUCUUCCCGAGAUCGAAACACGGUUAGCCAAGCUUAAGGGCGAGCUGAAGGAACCGACGGUACAAAUAGACGCUGGCGAUCCGGAAGACCCUACCGAAGAGGAUGCAAGUACCGCGGGUAAAGUGACGGAAGAUAGCGCUUCAGUACCUGGGAGUAGCGAUCAAACCCCAGAUGAGGCCAAAACGAAACUCAAGAGGGCCGAUACCGAGCUCGAUGCGGAUCGAAGAGAUCUUCUGAUGGCCCGAUACAACCACCUGGAGUGCCUCUAUCAGUUCAUUCAGGAUGAACUUCGCGAAGAGAUCGAGGUUAGGCGCCGAAUUGCGGAUGGAACUCUGAGGAGCAUCCGAUUCGAGGAUCUUUGGCAUCUAGUCGAGCCAGGAGACAUCAUCUUCUCGAAAGACCACGGGCGCGAUCAGCUCUACAAAGUGUACUUCGUUACUGGUGGCCAGGCUCUUAAGCGGACCCGAAACAGAGAAGAGAUCACAGAGAUCAACAGCAUUAGGGACAAAUUACGAUACUGGAUUCCCCCGGAGCAGCGAGAGGAAGAUGAUGAAGAGACUGUGGAGAAGAUGCUCCGGGAAGAGGGCUCCGGCAUUGGCACCUGGUCGCCAUUCAAGGUCGACUGCUACAUGAUGGCUUUCGAUGGCGAAUACUGCGGGCCAAUCGAUGUGUGCAAGAAGAUUCGCCCCUACGUUGGUGAGAGGGAAAUCACGAGUCUUCCCAUGUACCCACUGCGCUUUCACCCUAAGCACGAUGCCCUCGUGCGGGAGAUGGAAACCCGCGGCAGAAAGUUCUUGUUCGCCGGGGGGCACAAGAGCUACGACGGGAGGACUCUCGCUAUGAAACGGGAUGAGAGCCGUGUCGAGAUCCAGAGCGACGUCUACGUGGACUUCGACGCUUAUUAUCAAGAUUUUCCGGUCAAGAAGCCCAGCCUUGGGAAGCUGCUUAGAAGUAAGCAGAACUACGCGGAAGUAGAAGAGUUUUGUGCACCGGGUAUAUCGGUGUAUCGCUCGCUGAGUGGCCACGAAGUGGACUCAAAGCUAUCAGACGACUUCCUCACUGUGAACCGCAUACAUCUGGAGCGCUUCAAGCCGGAAGAAGAUGAGAUCUCUCCAGAUCAUCUCUGUUUGAUGCCCCAUUAUGUCAUUGGCUAUGCCUUCCAAUUACGCAAGUGGUACCAUCUAGAUUUGGCCUUAGUCCAGGAAAUAGACCGAGAGUCGGCGAAUGCAAGAGCAGCAGGCUUUGACGACCUAGUCAUCCCAAAACGCUACCGCGAUCUCCUCGUUGCGCUCGUUGAUAACCAUGCAUCCGGACUGCAGCGCGAAAAGGAGAAAACAAAGCAUGGCGCCGGGCUCCCCGUCCCAACUCAGAUCGACAUCGUCCGCGGCAAGGGCCAAGGUCUCAUCAUUCUCUUGCAUGGACCUCCUGGCUCUGGCAAGACGAGCACUGCGGAAACGAUAGCGGCCUAUACGCGGCGUCCUCUAUAUUCCAUCACUUGCGGAGAUAUCGGGACGACUCCAGAGAUCGUGGAGACCCGUUUGCUUGAGCACACUCGGCGCGCCGAUAAAUGGGGGUGUGUUCUACUUUUGGAUGAGGCGGACGUCUUUCUCGUCCAACGGGACUGGCAGAAUUUGCAGCGCAACGCUCUAGUGUCUGUAUUUCUUCGUCAGCUGGAAUAUUACGCCGGCAUUCUCUUCCUCACCACAAACCGCCCCGGCGUGCUCGACGAAGCCUUCAAAUCGCGCAUCCACAUCUCCCUGCGCUAUCCGAGCAUCGACCUCGAGUCCACGAAGACCAUGUGGAAGAACAUCAUGAAGCGGCUUGAAGACGACAACAAAACGGCCCAGAUCAAAGUAAUCUUCGACAAAGACGCGCUCCUCGAAUUCGCCCAGCGCCACUUCGAAAAGUGCGACCAGGAGGGCGUGACGUGGAACGGGCGGCAGAUCCGCAACGCGUUCCAGACGGCGCUCGCGCUCGGCCACUACGAGCGGCUGGCCAAGAUGCGCGAGGCGGACAUGACGCCCGAGGAGGCGCUGGCCAGCGGGAAGAAGAAGUGGACCAGUGUCAAGCUGACGAAGGCGAAUUUCCAGAAGAUUGCGAAGACGGCGACCGAGUUUGAGCAGUAUAUCGAGAGCUUGAGGGGCAACGAUAGCGUCAAUGCGAGGGAGUCGGAACUCAGGUAUGAUGAUUAUGAUUCGCAAAGGCUGAGGGCCAGGAAGCAGUAUCCUGCUAGUUCGGGGUCGCGGGAUGCGGGGCAUCAGGGCCAUCAUGGGCGGAGAGGGCAGGUGGGGAAGCAGAAGAGGCCUGUUCAUGGGGGCAAGGAUACGGAUGAGGAAGAAGAAGAAGAAGAGGAUGAUGAGAGCGAGGAUCUUUCGCCAGAUGAGAACGACUGAGUUUCAGAGAUAGGAUGGGGAGUGGAAAACAGGAGGAAACGGUUCUGAUCCGGGCUGGAGGAAUCUUCACUGCAAUA